UGUGGGCGGAUUUACGCUGACGUUGCCCAUACUCCGGAUUAACUUGUUUUUAUGUCGCCAUAUCUAUCACAUAUUACAUCAAAUACUUCACAAUCAACCCCAUAUUGAUUGUGGGGAAUACCGCGGUGCAUCUACAAGCUUUAAAUAGCAGGCAGUGCGGUGCACGAAACUAGAUGUGGGGCGGUGAUGUCCCGCGCUGCAACGCGAGUGUCUGGAUGAGGAGCAGACGUCGCACUGAGGUUAAAGUGCUGAUGUUCCCUCACGUUAAUAAUGGGGGCCGACGGCAGUAAAAACAAGAAGAGCCCUUCCGAAGGACAGGAGGAUGAGCACAUCUCAUCUGGAUGGCGUGGCUUCCUUUCCAGCGUGGGUCUGUCUGUCCCAGCAGCUCUCUGUCGCCUGGCCCCACCUGCCCUGCGUCUCGGCCAGCGUAGAAUGCUCCAAGACAAGGCCCCUGAGGUCCCAGAGCAUGUCCUGAGGUUGGCGGGAGUCGGCCCGAGCAAGCUGAGAGCAGAGUGGACCCUUUCAGGGUUUGUCACCAUGUUCCUGCCUGAAUUCCCUCACAGAUUUGUACCUGGGCAUGAAUACUUUCAGGUGCUGGGUUACAUCGCCAAAGGUUCAUUUGGGCCUAUUCUAAAAGUGAAGGACAAAUCCAAACAGAAAACAUAUGCUGUUAAAGUUAUUCCCAAAUCAGAGAUUCUAAGACUUGGGGUCCUAGAGCAGUCAAAAGAGGAAGUAAUAGUCCAGCGUCAGGUUCGUCACCCAUUUGUCCAUGAUCUCCAAGACUGCUGGCAGACACAGCGCCACCUCUACAUUAUGUGUGACUACUGCAGCACAGGAGAUCUUUACACCUACUGGCAAAUGAUUGGUCAGUUCUCAGAGGACACAGUACGAGUGUUUGCAGCAGAGCUGGGAUGUGCACUCGGGUUUCUACAUGAUUUUGGAGUCAUUCACAGAGAUGUGAAAAUGGAAAAUAUCCUGCUGACAGACAAUGGCCAUCUCCGCUUAGCUGACUUUGGUUUGUCCCGUCGCCUGGAGAGAGGAGGGAGAGCCUUCACCAUCUGUGGAACCAUCCAGUACAUGGCCCCAGAGGUGCUGAGUGGCGGACCCUACAACCAUGCAGCUGACUGGUGGUCGCUGGGAAUUAUGCUUUUCUCAUUGGUUACUGGGAAGUUCCCUGUUCCUCCAGAAGCAGACCACUGCAGUAUGCUGAGGAAAGUGCGGAGUUUUCCCUAUGAAAUGCCACUUAGCUUCAGCCCCCAGCUAUCUUUGCUUAUAACUGAGCUUUUAUGUAAGACCCCGUCUCGCCGCUUGAAGACCCUUGAUCGUUUCCAACGCCAAACUUUCUUCCAUGGAACAACAUUUGACCUUGACUUCCUGCAGCGUCAGCCUGUGGAGGUGAUUCUGGAGCUCAGAGAGAGACCAGACCGAGCAGCCAAAGCUCGACGAGGCCUCACUUUGUCCCUGCAGCCUCUGAAGGGCUUUGACUACGACUUGCUCCUCAGCCCUCCUGCCACGCCAGACACACAGCUGGCCGCCAACAUACACACUCACAUACCUGCACCGCUGCCCGGCCCAGCACUGCAGCUGUCUCAGGAAAAAGGUCCACGCAGAGAGGUGUUUGUAUGACAGACUUGGAGCUUACAUCGUGGUUGCCGACAAACUAAAGGGAGAGGCUUACAUGUUGUGCACAAUUAUUCACCCUAACACACAGGUGUUACACGCCUUGAAAAACAUUUUUCAUUAAUAGAUAAAAGAGGAAAUUCUGAUUUAAUUUGAUACACAAAUAAACCAUUUAGAAGGGAAUUAAGCAUUUGAGUAAACACAUCAUAGUCUCAGUUUCAAGGUUUAAGGUUUUUAUAUGUAUGUAUUUAGCACCUUUUUUUUUUUUUACUUGUAUGCCUUUCUACUCUAAGCCUCUUUGCUAAAAAAAAAAAAAAAAAAAUCUGCACAUUCCAUCUAUACCCCUCUGUUUUUACUUUACCAGAUCUGAUUUUAGUUGCCCAUUGAUAUACUGUGUAAGGAUGCUAUCAAAUUCAACCUUUCAUAAAAAAAAUCAUGCUAGCUGGUCCUAAUACAAUAUAUUUGUUUAUCUUUAUUUGUUGCUAUGUAGAACUCCAAUCAAGCCUUUCACUGAGGUAAAUGAAUUCCUCAACUUCUGCCCUUAUUUAUAUUGCAUCAUCAUGAUAAUUUUUUUUUUGUAUGCAGAAGAAGAUAAAAGUCCCAUGUAGUGUUAUGUUUCCUAUAAAACAUUCUUUGUAUUUUUAUUUAUGUUAUAAUUUAUCCAUUCCCACACAAUUCCUUGGCUGCCAGUUUAUUCAGCAGCAGCUUUUCUUAUCCUGUACAAUAACAAACUCAAACAAGAUUUGUACGAUUCAAAUUUUAAAAUCUAUGCUUAAAACACUGCUUUUAGCGUCAUGAUUUAAACUUAUGACUCAGGGGAGCACUCUCUGGUUUUUCUAUACAGCCUUGACUUUGGUGUCCACCAUAACAGAUAUGACAUGUGACUGAAAGUUGACAAGCAGCAUCAUCAAAUAUUAUGUACUAAACGGUUCCUACCGUUCCCUAUGAUCACCAGCUGGGGUAGUGACAGAAAGAACGAGAUUGUGAAUACAAGCGGCCAAAAUGAGUUUCCUCUGCCUUGUGGCCGGGCUCUCACUUAUAAAUAGGGUGAGCAGCUUGAUCAUCCGGGAGGGGGCCAGAGUAGAGCCGCUGCUCCUCCACAUCGAUGGAAGCCAGAUGAUGUGGUGGCUCCUAUAGGAAGCAGCCCCUGCCACCCGACCCCAGAUAAGCGGCAAGAAAAUGGAUGGAUGGACUCAACAGUAUUGUUUACCUCCAGUCAAUAUCUUUUAUGUACAGGGGUUGUUUUCUACUAUUCAAGGAUGCUAUAUCCAUAGCCAUUGAUCUCAGAUUUAAUAAUAAUUUUUUAAAAUAUGCCCUGAUGUUUACCCAGAAUGCCUCACAUGCGUGAUCCUGAUCUUGCAUUUUUUUUUUAUCACAAAAUGCUUAUAUAUUCAGAUAUAUCUAAUAUAUAAAGACUUUCCUCUAUAUAAAGUUUAUAUGGAUAUUUGGAGGUUAUUUGAUGUCACGUGUUAUGAUGUAUUUUUUGUAAUUACCAUGUAGCACAGAUGAAAUAUUAAACUCUUUAAAGAGC